CAAAAGUGCCGCACGGUGACGACGGCGUGCGCCGGCGUGACGCGGCCGCGCGGGAUGAGCAGGGCCGAGGCCUAGGCGGCGACGAGAGCGAGAGGCCGCGGCGGGACGGCGGCUCUUCCACCCGACCGCCAUGAGCACCAAGCAGGUCACUUGCAGGUAUUUUAUGCAUGGUGUGUGUCGGGAAGGAAACCAGUGCCUGUUCUCACAUGACUUGGCAAACAGCAAGCCAUCUACCAUCUGCAAAUACUACCAGAAGGGCUGUUGCGCCUACGGAACUCGUUGCAGGUACGAUCACACGAGGCCCUCUGCUGCAGCUGGUGGGGCCAUGGGCACUGUUCCCCACGGGGUGCCCUCCCUGGGUUUCCACAGUCCUCACCCUCCUUCCGACCUCACUGCAUCAAUCGUGAAAACUAACUUACACGAGCCCGGGAAACGUGAAAAGAGGACAUUGGUACUUAGAGACCGAAAUCUCUCUGGCAUGGCUGAAGAAAAGACUUGCCCAAGUGUGGUGAGUAAUCCCGGAGGCUGCAGCGACCUGCAGAACAGCCCGGAGCUGAAGCCGCUUUCCUACCUAGAAGCGAUCAGGAGUGGUCUCGACAGCUUGGAAGCUAGCAGUUCCUACAGCAGCGAACAGCAGCUGUGCCCCUACGCAGCUGCCGGGGAGUGCCGAUUUGGGGAUGCUUGUGUCUACCUGCAUGGGGAAGUGUGUGAAAUCUGUAGGUUACAAGUCCUGCACCCCUUCGACCCAGAGCAAAGGAAAGCUCACGAGAAGAUCUGCAUGUCAACAUUCGAACACGAGAUGGAGAAGGCCUUUGCCUUCCAGGCGAGUCAGGACAAAGUGUGCAGCAUCUGCAUGGAGGUCAUCCUCGAGAAAGCGUCAGCCUCAGAGCGGAGGUUCGGGAUCCUUUCCAACUGCAACCACACGUAUUGCCUGUCCUGCAUCCGGCAGUGGAGGUGUGCCAAGCAGUUUGAGAACCCAAUCAUCAAGUCUUGUCCAGAGUGCCGUGUGAUAUCAGAGUUUGUAAUUCCAAGUGUGUACUGGGUAGAAGAUCAGAAUAAAAAGAACGAGUUGAUUGAAGCUUUCAAACAGGGAAUGGGAAAAAAAGCUUGUAAAUACUUUGAGCAAGGCAAAGGGACCUGCCCAUUUGGAAGCAAAUGCCUUUACCGCCAUGCUUACCCUGAUGGGCGGCUAGCAGAACCAGAGAAACCUCGGAAACAGCUCAGUUCUGAAGGCACCGUGAGGUUCUUUAAUUCAGUGCGGCUCUGGGAUUUCAUUGAGAACCGAGAAAGCCAGCAUGUCCACAACACUGAAGACGUCGACAUGACAGAGCUUGGGGACCUCUUCAUGCACCUCUCCGGAGUGGAGUCAUCAGAACCCUGAAGAGUAGGUGGUCGCCCUGCGUCUUCGGCUCCACCAGCCGAGGCUUCCCCAAGCCAGGGUGUGCAGAGCUUCCUUCACGACAGCCUGGGGUGGCGUGUCACUUGAAUUUGAGUGGGGUUGUAUUUAACCUUGGUCUCAUCCACUCCAUUAUUACAGCCAUGGGAAGGGUGAGAAUAUAAAAUAACCUGAACACAUAUAUGGAAUUGCUGCUUCCCUAGUUGCUGUUUAUGUUAGUUGCACCUCAAACUCCUCAGGGGGGCCAGCUGACGAGCCAGCGUUUUCACUGAUUGAUUCAGACUAGCCUGCCUCCCGUCUUCGAGGACUGUGCAGCUGCCCCUAAAGCAGCAGAUUCAUUUAUCUUACCAAAGGAUUCCUGUGUGGUGAACCUCCCUAGUAUACUGAAAUAGUGUGGUCAACACUGGAUUUGUAUAUUGCUUUUCAAAAACCAAGUGAGCGCUGCACACCUUAGCACAAACUUGACUUAGGGCUCUGCAGUGUCCCAAAUCAGGGGAGAAGUCUUGUUGCAGGACGUUCAGCAGACAGGUAUAAACCUUCUUACCUGGGGGUGGGGUGGGGGGGCUCUUGAAGUAGCAGGAAGCAGAGAUAUGGCCCCUCUUUUCCGGUCUGUGGUAGGGUAGGGUCACAAUCGGAGUAAUCUUGCACACAUGCCUCCAGGGAAACUCUCACCUGCUGGCUUGUGCCCUGAGGGUUCAUGUAUGUUCUUAUCUGUAAAACCUGGCUUUGAUUUUAAAUUUCAUAAAAACAGCACCCAAGAACAGUUUCUGGUUCUUAUCUAGCGGUGGUCCUGAAGAGAGUACAAGUCUUCUGUCAUCAGUAGUGAUUUUAAUCAGUAGUGAUUUUAAUUGAAGGAGCAUAACCUUGUGAAUCAGAACGCAAUCCAAGCCUAAAUUAUCUAUUUUUAUAGACAGCUGUAGACACCAAAUGUUU